UAUUCUAGAAAGAUACAUGCUAGCUAUAUAUAAAUACAUCUCUCUGUUUCAAGCAGUUCUAGUUGAGUGAUCUUUGAGCAAAUGGGUUCUUUAAUGGCAGGAUGGGGCUCGCCCUACCAAGAUCCAAAGUCAGAGGCAUACAAAAGGAAUUUGUCAUUAACUAAAGAAGAGAUUUCUUCUUACUGGAAAGCAAAGAAGAAAGCAGAGGAAGAACAUGGUAGUGACAUCCUGUCUAGUCCAUCGGGUAGUAGUACUCAGGAAAGCACAUUUGGAGGCUCUGGGAAAAAGUUCGAGAGGUCGAACUCGGCGCCUUUGGCCAAUAGAAGGGAGGGCUUCAAAACUGAAGCAAGCUUGGAGAAAAUUAUCAAGAAAAAUGACUGGUGGACAAGGAGUAAUUGGGCAUUUCUGAAUGAGCCACCUCUUUCUGAAGGUGCAUCCAACACUUACACAUCUCAGUUCCAUGUAGCUGGCGUGAACACCUCGAAAUCAAGCACUGGUGAAGGAAUUAGCACCUGAUCUUUAUUAAGUCAAUCAAAUCGAAUGUAGAAUAUUGUGCAUAUAUUAUAUGUAUAUCACUAAUUAUCAGUUGUAGUAGUAGUACAAUCUUGUGCUUCGAAAGCCCUAAACCAGCUGAUAAAUAGGUUUUGAGCUGUUACUUUGGUGUAAAUAGGUUAUGUAUAUGGGCACUGCAAUUUUUGUUUUCCAGCCCUAUAAAAAGAGACUGUUCUUAAAUGAUUAUCGAUUGAGUGUGAUUCAGUGUGUGUUAUGUAACAUUUUUUGAUUCUUAAAUUUAAUAAUGAAGAUAUAUUAUGUUGA